CGCUCGACGGUCACUCUAAACUCAAUUUCGGCAAAACAAAACACAUUUUUUACGGAAAACUCCGUUUUAGUUAAUAAUAUUAACUAAUAAUGUCGGAAACUAGCUCCAAAGACAAUGUCAAGACGGCAAUGACGUAUAUUUGCGGGGAAUGUCAUCACGAAAAUGAAAUGCGACCAAGGGAUCCGAUUCGUUGCCGUGAAUGUGGAUAUCGUAUUAUGUACAAAAAACGCACCAAGCGUCUUGUUGUUUUCGAUGCCCGUUAAAAAAAACUUCAAAAAUAAUGGACACCCGUCGAAAUAUUUUUAAGAAAAUAGUAUGUAGCUGAUUAAAUCUUGUGCUUCAAUAAAGCUUUGAUAAAACAUA